AUGGCUAUCUUCUUUCUUCCGUCUAGUUCUCAUGCUCUUUUUCUUGCAUUUAUGUUGUUUUUUCUCACUAAUAUCUCAGCUCAACCUCUACAAAUCAGUGAAACAAACUUUUCAUGCAAGGCCGAUUCACCUCCUUCAUGCGAAACUUAUGUGACAUACUUUGCCAAAUCUCCGAAUUUCUUGAGCCUAACAAACAUAUCUGAUAUAUUUGAUAUGAGUCCUUUAUCCAUUGCAAAAGCCAGUAACAUAGAAGAUGAAGAUAAAAAGCUGAUUCCAGGCCAAGCCUUACUGGUACCUGUAACUUGCGGUUGCGCUAGAAAUCGCCAUUUUGCAAAUUUCACUUAUACAAUCAAGCUAGGUGACAACUACUUCAUAGUUUCAACCACUCAAUAUCAGAAUCUCACCAAUUAUAAGGAAAUGGAAGAUUUCAACCCAAAUCUAAGUCCAAAUCUAUUGCCACAAGAUAUCAAAAUUGUAGUCCCUUUAUUCUGCAAGUGCCCUUCAAAGAAUCAGUUGAACAAAGGAAUAAAGUAUCUGAUUACUUAUGUGUGGCAAGCUAAUGAUAAUAUUACCCUUGUAAGUUCGAAGUUUGGUGCAUCACAAGCGGACAUGUUUGCCGAGAACAGUCAAAAGUUCACUGCUGAAACCAAUGUUCCAAUUUUGAUCCCAGUGACAAAGUUACCGGAACUCGAUCAACCGUCUUCAAAUGGAGGAAAAAGCAGCAUUCAAAAACUUCCAGUUAUAAUUGGUAUUAGCUUAGGAAGUGUUUUUUUCAUUGUAGUUUUAACACUAUCACUUGUGUAUGUAUAUUGUCUCAAAAGGAAGAGAUUGAAUAGGACUGCUUCGUUGGCCGAGACUGCGGAUAAGUUACUUUCAGGUGUUUCGGGUUACGUAAGCAAGCCAACAAUGUAUGAAAUGGAUGUGAUCAUGGAAGCUACAAUGAACCUGAGUGAGGAUUGUAAGAUUGGUGAAACAGUCUACAAGGCUAAGAUAGAUGGUAGAGUUUUAGCAGUGAAAAAUAUCAAGAAAGAUGCUUCUGAGGAGCUGAAAAUUCUGCAGAAGGUAAAUCAUGGAAAUCUUGUGAAACUAAUGGGUGUGUCUUCUGACAAUGAUGGAAACUGUUUCCUUGUUUAUGAGUAUGCUGAAAAUGGAUCACUUGAUGAGUGGCUGUUCUCGGAAUCUUCGAAAGCUUCAAACUCGGUCGUCUCGCUUACAUGGUCUCAGAGAAUAACCAUAGCAAUGGAUGUUGCAGUAGGUCUGCAAUACAUGCAUGAACAUACUUAUCCAAGAAUAAUCCACAGAGACAUCACAACCAGUAACAUCCUUCUCGACUCAAACUUUAAGGCCAAGAUAGCAAAUUUUUCGAUGGCUAGAACUUCAACAAACAACAUGAUGCCGAAAAUAGAUGUUUUUGCUUUCGGGGUUGUUCUGAUAGAGUUGCUUACCGGCAAGAAAGCGGUAACAACGAAAGAAAACGGGGAGGUUGUUAUCUUGUGGAAGGAUUUUUGGAAAAUUUUUGAUAUAGAAGGGAAUAGAGAAGAGAGGUUAAGAAAAUGGAUGGAUCCUAAGUUAGAGAACUUUUAUCCUAUUGAUAAUGCUCUUAGUUUGGCUUCUUUGGCAGUGAAUUGUACCGCAGAUAAAUCAUUGUCAAGACCAAGUAUUGCAGAAAUUGUUCUUUGUCUUUCUCUUCUCAAUCAACCAUCAUCUGAACCAAUGUUGGAAAGAUCUUUGACAUCUGGUUUAGAUGUUGAAGCUACUCAUGUUGUUACUUCUAUCGCAGCUCGUUGA